GAGUCGGGCAACUUUCCUUUCUUCGCCACCAGCGACACCACCUUGUUCUCUGUUGUCAGUGCCUCCUCAGCCUUCCUUGGCGAGACGGUGGUCUUGGACGUAAUCAAGCCAGCCAUCGUGGACGGAAUCAUGGACGUCGCCAAAUUGCUCACCAAGUUCCUUCCUACUGGUGUGGCCAAGACGUUGAAGCAAGGCAUCUACAACCUCCUGCACAACCAGCUCAACGUCUGGUUCGCUGCGGCCCCGACUGGUGUGAAGGCUUUCGCCGAG